CCGACACGCUGAGAGCUACACGAACCGCACGAGCUUCGCCUCCCCCUCAGUGCUCAUUGAGGCGUCGGCGUCGACAGCAGCGCACCUAAGCAGAGCAGAGCCGAGCCGAGCAGCAGCGGUAUAGCCCAGGUAUUUCUGUGGGGCGCAAACGCAGCGCGAGUUCAAAACGCCAGCGACUGGAGCUGGAGAAACAGACACAAACAGACUGGCAACUGGCGAUCGUCCUCGAGAGAACAUUAAGAACUACGAGUGUGCCAUAGAACAUUAAGAAUUGAAUUGAAUUUGCAUUUUUUUUCGAAGUGAAUGUGUGCAAAGUGAAUGUGAAUGUGCGCGAGCAGGUCGUGUGAAACAUGAGCAUUUAACUUCGAAUCAUUCCCCAUUCGGCCAGCCCAAAGAAUAACUUAGCCAAAGUUAAAGGAAACCAAAUCAAAACCCAACCAAAUUGUAAACCAAAAUCAACAUGAAUCACUCCAGGAAUGUUUUGUGGACUACAUUGAUCUUCGGCUCAAUCCUCGUCCUCUUUCAAGCCUCAAUUGGGGCCACUAUCGAUACUGUGGAGGACCAGGACUGUCCCUCUCUGGCCAAUGCUUCAUACAUGCAGCAUUCCCAGCUUAUACAGACUCUGACCCAUGUCUGCCGCUAUGAUCGGUUAGAGCGACCCAUUGAAUACGACAGUGACGCCAAACGGCUACCCAUUGUGGUGAAGACACGCAUCUAUGUGUACUUCCUGCAGAAUUUAAACUCGGAUCUGUUGCAGUUCAAGAUGCACGCCCUGCUGCAGCUCAGGUUCCAGGACAAGCGACUGGCCUACAAGGCCUUCCAGAGAGAUGACAAUAUUCUGGGCCAGAAGCAUCUGAGCGAACGCCUGUGGCUGCCGCACAUCUUCUUUGCCAAUGAACGAGAGUCCAGCAUUCUGGGCACAGACGAGAAGGAUGUGCUGACCUCGUUGUCACCAGAGGGGAAUGUCAUCCUAUCCACGCGCAUGCAGGCCUCACUGUAUUGCUGGAUGAACUUCAAGAAAUUCCCGUUUGACCAGCAGCUCUGCUCCACAGUUAUAGAGAGCUGGAUGUACAAUACCUCGGAUCUGGUUCUCGAAUGGGAGGAGCGGUCGCCCAUCUCUUUUGAUCCGGAAAUGCGACUUACAGAGUACAACAUGGAAAAGUUCUGGCACAACACAACCAUCGUGCACUCGGAUGAAAUCAAUCUACGUCACGGUGCAUUUCUGGGUGACUACAGUUCUCUGAGCUUUACUGUGAAUUUGAGGCGUGAAAUUGGUUUCUAUUUGCUGGACUACUAUCUCCCCUCCAUGAUGAUUGUGGCCAUAUCGUGGGUGUCCUUCUGGCUUCAGGCAGAUGCCUCCCCGCCGCGCAUAAUGUUAGGAACCAGCACCAUGUUGUCGUUCAUCACGUUGUCGUCAUCGCAGAGUAAAAACCUGCCAAAGGUUAGCUACAUCAAGGUGUCGGAGGUUUGGUUUCUGGGCUGUACCUUCUUCAUUUUUGGAAGCCUGGUGGAGUUCGCCUUCGUCAACACGAUCUGGCGUCGCAAGGAGAAUAUCGAGCUGAAGAAGGUCAACAGCAAAUACAUCAUCAAGUCUACACUCACGCCACGCCCAUCGCGUCGUCAGAUGGGCGGCAGUCUCAGCAACGAUUCCAGAGCCAGAUCAUGCUCGAGCCUGGACAAUAUCGUUUCCAGCACAGAGAGCGUUCGCAAUGGCAAUGGCAACGUAAAUCAUGGCUAUAACAAUUACCUAACAGUUCAUCCAAAUCUGCCCAUCAUUAAGACCGAGUGUGCCGACAAUGUGUCCAUAUCUAGUGAGCGGAUGAGCAAUGAGCAUAUAAUUGACAUCGACAAAGAAAAGAAGGAGACGCCGCCCACAUUUACAACCAUGACACCGCAGGAGAUUGCCAUGUGGAUAGAUCGGCGAUCGCGUUUCCUCUUUCCAGUGAUGUUUCUGGCCUUCAAUGCGCUCUACUGGACCUUUGUCUAUGUUUUAUAAACGAGAGAGAGAUAUUCAAAGAAGGAAUAUUGUUAUUGUACAUACAUAUGUAUACAACGCAAUUGUUGCCAUAUAAAUGUGAAAUCUUGUCUAUUUGUGUUGCUCUUUUUUACGCAAAUAAUUAUACUAAUUAUGUUGUAAGAUGCAUCAUCUCAUAGUUGUACAAAUACUGAUCAUAAAUAUAUAUACUAUAUACACAUAAA